AUGGAGACCACAUUCAUCUCAAUACAUGAUCUGUCCCUCGACGCUCGAUUGCUCUACGUCUCAUCCUCAAUCGAAGAUAUUCUAGGAUACACACCGCAAGAAGUAAUUGGGAAGUCGUGUUGGGACUAUUUUCAUCCAGAUGAGAUCCCAUUCGCCCGAGCUGUACAUGGCCGAGGUAUUAAGAUGGACAAGGCUGCCGCGCUCAACUAUUGCCAGAUCAAGAACAGAGAUGGCCGAUGGGUAGGUUGCGAAUGUGUCUUCACAAUUGUACAUGAUGUUCUCGUGGGGUGUACCAGUGUCUACCGAAGAGGCACGAAAAGUGACAAGCGAGCUAGAGAAGCUCCAGUCAUACGUCGGCUGUUUUCAUCUUCACCACGAGAUCCUCGAUACCAUAUGCUUUCAUAUAUUUCUCACAAGUUUUCCAAGGAAACGCGGACUCUUACUCAUGAACCUAGGGCGGCUUUGUUUCUCAACAGAUUUUCUCGCACUCUAACCAUAAUGUAUGCCACCAAUGGUUUGGCCGACAUUGUCGGCAUCCCUGCCCAAGAACUCAACGGCAGAAGCUUCUACUACUGCAUCCAAGAGAACUGCCUGCGAGAGGCAGUCAAAUGCCUGGAAAGUGCGAAAGCCAAUGACUCUAUCGCCUACCUCCGCUUCUGGUUUCGCGAUCCACGUCAGGACGAUCAGGUGGAUCAUGAUGAACACAUGAGCGACGGUCACAGUAGCGGUGAUGAUGAUGACGGCGGUGUAAACCUCUCCGAACUCAUGGAUCAUGACGGGAGUGAGAACGCUGUUGCUAGCGACUCAUCCCACUCGAUGAGAUCAUCUGUUGAGCGGGAUCAGGGUCGUUCACGGGACGGGUAUUCAUUGGAUAUCAAUUCCCGGUCGUCAUCUGGCAACAGCACCGACUUGGACGGAAACUCUAAUGAUGCCAUUUUCGAUCAACCGGCCGGCGGCCAAACACGGACCUCGUCUGUCUCCACCACGGAUGAACGGAUGUCGCCCGGGGCGUCAUCCUUCAUGCCAGACGCCUCUCACAUCGAACUUGAAGCAGUGGUCUCUUGCACGUCUGACGGUCUCGUGGUCGUUCUUCGCCGGGCUAGACCUUCCAUUCCCCAUCUUUCCCAGUCGACGUCAGACGCCGCAAAUCAUUCAUACGCGAACGGCUUCUUCGCGUCUCCGUGGGCCACUGACCCCAUUUUACCAAACAUGGGGGACAGGCCGUCCCAAAAUCUACCCAAUUUUUUGCAGCCCUCGCCAGUUGCCCCAAAGCGCCCAACGGCCGCACGUGGUGGAACUGCCGCGACGCAUGGACCAGCCACAGAGGACUUCAUGAAUUCGAUCCGUGAGGUUGCUGUUUUUGCUUGGGCUCUCACUGGUAUCAACGGGUCGCUGGCACAAUAUACAAAGGGAACGCCAACUGGCGAGUCCCAGCCACCUGACGGAUUACCCGUGUGGGAACCUCCUUCUAACGCAGGGGCUGAGGCCGAGCGACGGGAUGGAUAUUUUGAUAAUGGCCAAAAUUAUAAGAACGUCCAUGGUGACUGGCAAGGUCAGAAGGCUGAGAACACCCAAGGCUACCAGCAUCAAAGCCAGAGUAGUGGCGGAUUCAGCCACAGCAGCAGUGGUUUUCCACAAGGCUCUAGCAAUCCGACACAAGCGACCGACUAUAACCAAGCUUUGCACGCCAACGGCUACGACGAUGUCAUGCAGAACAAGGCCAAUAAUACUUUUGUGCCCAGCAAUUGCCACAUUGAGCCUAUGCACACUAAUGACUACAACGAUUCUAUGCAGAUCAAAGGCUACGACAACCUUGUGCAUAUCAAUGGGUCACAACAAACCUACGCAAGACCACGGUUACAAUGA